AACCAUCCACGCAGUUACCAAACAGAUAACAUAAACAUUAACAUUACCAAACUUACAAUUCUCUCUUCACUAUCUCCAUUUCUCCAACGAUGGCAAUUUCUUCAGCAGCAGCUACAACUUCCUCAAAGCUCAUACACCCACAUGCAUCUUCAUUCUCUUCCUCUUCCAAUUCUAAUUCUAACUCCACAAUCUUUCGCUCCAACACUAACAACCACAAACUAACUCAACUCUACUCUUCUUUCCUCAACCCUUCCACCAUCCUUCACCUCACACCCUCUACUUCCACCACCACCACCAACCACCACCGUUUCACUAUUCGCGCCGCCAGGGGCAAAUUCGAGCGCAAGAAGCCCCACGUCAACAUCGGCACCAUCGGCCACGUCGACCACGGCAAGACCACGCUCACCGCCGCCCUCACAAUGGCCCUCGCCUCACUCGGCAACAGCGCCCCCAAAAAAUACGACGAAAUCGACGCCGCCCCGGAGGAGCGUGCUCGCGGCAUCACCAUCAACACCGCCACCGUCGAAUACGAGACGGAGAACCGCCACUACGCCCACGUGGACUGUCCAGGCCACGCCGACUACGUCAAGAACAUGAUUACCGGCGCCGCCCAAAUGGACGGCGCCAUCCUUGUCGUCUCCGGCGCCGACGGACCCAUGCCACAGACCAAGGAACAUAUCCUCCUCGCGAAACAAGUUGGGGUCCCAAACAUGGUGGUUUUCCUCAACAAACAAGACCAGGUCGACGACGAGGAGCUUCUUCAGCUCGUGGAGCUUGAGGUUCGCGAGCUUCUCUCCUCGUACGAGUUCCCCGGCGACGACAUACCCAUUGUUUCCGGUUCCGCUCUCUUGGCUUUGGAGGCUCUUAUGGCAAACCCUUCAAUCAAACGCGGCGAUAACGAAUGGGUCGAUAAGAUUUACGAGCUCAUGGACUCUGUUGAUAGCUACAUUCCCAUUCCUCAGCGCCAAACCGACCUACCCUUUUUGCUCGCCGUCGAGGACGUGUUUUCCAUCACCGGCCGUGGAACCGUGGCCACCGGUCGUGUCGAGAGAGGCACAGUUAAGGUUGGAGACACAGUUGAUGUUGUUGGUUUGAGGGAAACUAGGAAUACAACUGUGACUGGUGUGGAAAUGUUCCAGAAGAUUCUGGAUGAUGCUAUGGCUGGGGAUAAUGUUGGGUUGUUGCUUAGGGGUAUUCAGAAGGCUGAUAUAAAUAGAGGGAUGGUUUUGGCAAAGCCUGGAACUAUUACUCCACACACUAAGUUCAGUGCAAUUGUUUAUGUUUUGAAGAAGGAGGAAGGUGGGAGACACUCACCUUUCUUUGCAGGGUAUAGGCCUCAAUUCUAUAUGAGAACCACUGAUGUUACUGGUAGAGUGGCUUCCAUUAUGAAUGAUAAGGAUGAGGAGUCUAAGAUGGUGAUGCCUGGUGACCGUGUUAAGAUGGUGGUUGAACUUAUUAUGCCUAUUGCUUGUGAACAAGGUAUGAGGUUUGCUAUUAGGGAAGGAGGGAAGACUGUUGGAGCUGGUGUUAUCCAAUCUAUCAUUGAGUGAUUUUGUUUCUAUCCAAUCCUACUAGAACUAGAACAAUCACUCUCUUAAAAUGGUUUUAUGCAAUUAAUUAAUUUUUUGCCAUUUUAUACAACAUCUGUCAUAUCAUAUCCCCCCAUUUGUUAUAUUUUGUAGGGUUUGAGAUUAUGUUUAGUCAAGUUGGAUAAUUAUAUUUUCCCAAAUGCUUUUGUUGCUAUUUCUUCCUUCUCUUUUACUUUUGAGCUACUUGGGCAAGAUUCCUUGAAAGAAUUGCAUCAAAAGAUGAGAUUCAUAUUGAAGGAUGAGCAGUUUUUCUCUUUAUUAGACUUGGUGUUCUUGUAAUCUGCAAUCAUGCGACUAUUAAAACUACGUGGAUGCCCAUUUCAAAUGUAUAUAUGAAAAUGGAAAGCAAUAAAGAAGAUGAAAA